CCCAACCUACUCUGGAGUCAGUGGGAAUGGUUCAACUACACAGCGCGGUGGCAGGAUUUUGAAGAAGCUGAAUUAUUGGAUAACAUUUAACCAGCCGAUAUAAAAACAGCACUUAAAAGGACACCUCGCUACAACAAAGGGCACCCUGUGUCUGUGUCUUGCCUCUCAGGAUGUCUAGCAUGGUGCUGCUGUAGUGGAGAGAACCAUCUACAAAUAGUGACUCGGCCAGUUGAACACCAUGCUUCGCUUAAGUGUCAGUCCCAGCUCAAAUGCUAGCUGUAAGCUGUCCUGGCUCAUCUGUGUUCUUCUGGGACUCUCAGCUACACAUUUGCAUGCUAAAGAUGUUCUCACUGUACCCCAGCAGGUGAGCCUGUCAGCUGACAUGUAUACACAGCAACUGUCCAUAUCCUGGCUGGGAGGAGCAGCCACAACCUUUGACCUCAUGAUUCUAAGAACUGAACUCAAUGAAACUGUUUUCUACGAGACGGUGCCUGCGACGGUGAGUCAGGCAAGUGGUCGACACCAGUGGAACUGGACCUCAGUUGAACCUCUGGAGUGUACCUCGCUUUCGAUCAAAAUUCGCUCAAGAGACGGACAAACGACAAGCGAAUGGAGCGACACUCAGAUACUUCAAGGAAACGAUAUCCCCAGCAAUGAGAAAUUCCAGAUGUACCCCCAAGACAGAAUUGUACCAGUGGGGGCCAACACCACCUUCUGUUGCAUUGUGGAAGAGGGGAAGCAAUUUGGUAGCAUCCGCUACCGCAGCAUGUUCAUGAACACGACGCGGCUCAGUAGGCGAACUUAUGCCACUACAGCGGUUAAUCAGAGACUGUCUGGCAAGACAGGAACCAACGUCAUCUGUUAUGAAACCCCUGAGCAAAAACUGACCGGAGCGGUGGUGUUUGUUGGAUAUCCACCACUGCCCAGGGAUUUUGUGUGUGAGACCAAUGACUUGAUCUCAGCUGUGUGCCAGUGGAACGAAGGACGAGACACAAACUUGUAUCGCAAACGAGGAACACACUACACCCUGAACAAUAGGGACUGUACUCUGAAACAACUGCCGGGAAAGCAGAUAGAGUGUAGCGUGGCUCAGUGGGACGGUAACUGGACACUGGUAGCUGUGAAUACUCUUGGCCAGUACAGCCUCACUGACUCUGCUGAGCUCAGUCACAGAGUGCGUCCAGUAGCACCAUCUAACCUGGACUGUAUUGUCAAUGCCUGGAAUGCCACUGUAAUGUGGCAGUGGAAGUAUGAGAGCUAUUCCUCUCUGGCUCUGGUCUGCCAGGUAGAAGUCACCUCCCUUGGGAUCAAAACAAAGCGUACCUUCUCUGGUGUAGGUCUGCGGUCAGUGGUUAUAUCCGACGUGUAUCCUUAUGAGGAUUACAGUGUUCAAGUCCGCUGCGGUGCCCAGCAGAAUUUCUGGAAGUGGGGAAACUGGAGCGAACCACUUUCCUUCAAAACCAAAUCUUAUGCUCCAGAUGCUCCUGAUGUGUGGAUGUGGAUGAACAAAGACCACACUGGGCAGGUCAUUUGGAAGCCUCUGACACGAAGACAGAGCCAUGGUCUGAUCACAGGUUAUGAAAUUACUCUCUGGAGCCCUGAAGAAAAUUUACAGCACACCAAAAACGUUCCACCAGACACUUCUGCUGUAUCAAUCAACCUCACACAGAUCACUACCCUCAGUGGUGACGACAAGUAUAUAGCAACCGUCAUUGCAAAGAACGCUGCUUGGGCGUCGCAGCCUGCAAGUGUACUUAUACCUCUACGUUUGACAGAUGUGGAACCCCUUGCUGUGUCCAGGGCAGUUUAUACAGACAGAGGUUUCCCUCUGUUCUGGCAGAGCGAUGCCAACACCACCUGUGGUUAUGUGGUAGAAUGGUAUGAUGCUUCCUGUAAGAGGGACUGCCCUGUGGAGUGGAUCAAAGUGGCUGCUGGAAGUACUAAUGUCUCCAUUGAGUCAGACAACUUCCAGCCAGGUGUGAGGUACAAUAUUUCCCUGUACAGCUGCUCCUCAGAGGCCCCAGAGCUGCUGCAUCGCUGGCAGGGAUACAUGCAGGAGCUGGUCCCCUCCAGUUCUGUCCCUCUGUCAGCCAGUCAGCAGAACUCUGAUGUUCUUCUGACCUGGGGGGAGAUCCCGCUGGCCAACAUACGAGGCUUCCUCCUGGGCUACAAUAUUUAUGUCAGCAAUGGCUCCCAGCUCAUACUUUUAGCCAAUCUGACAGAACUAGACAGCAGGAGCUACACAGUAGAAGGUCUCUCUGAAGGCUCCUAUAAAUUCACUGUCAAGGCCUUCACUUCAGCAGGCGAGGACACAGGCACCACUGCCUCCAUAACGUUGGAGCCAUACACUGAUUGGUUGAUCCUGGAGAUCUUGGCUUCCCUGGGAAUCACAGCCUUAUUCCUGGCCAUUGUCACCUUGAUUUGCUACAAGAAAAGGAAAUGGGUGAAGAAGGCGUUUUAUCCAGACAUACCUGAGCCCAAGUUGCCUGGAGAUUGGUCCAGGCCACAGGGGCCAUUGGAUGUGAAGCCAUCUCCCCACAGUUUGGUCCACAUGGUUGAAAGGCCCGAGUGGGAUUCUAGUAAAGAAGCACUCGUCGUCAUUCCUGAAGAAGAUGAGGAUGAAGACGGGGAGGGGAUAGGAGAUGAGCCAGUCGACACAGAUGAGCCAACGUCAUUACGCUACUACAACCAAGUGGUAGAUGAGCGACCCAUCAGGCCGCGUUACCCAGACUCCUCUGCUUCGUCUGCGUCCUCUUUGGAUUCAGCACGCACCGAUGUGACGUACACAGGGAUCCAGACCUCGGGAUCUUCUUUGGUCUUCCAGCUGGAUCCACAGGGCUCCACUGAGGGCCACCAACCGCAGGCUGAUCUGUCUGUCUGCAUCAGUGGAGGAGGAGGUUACCGGCCUCAGAUGCAGUCUAUAGCCCCAAGUGAUGACGUGGGCCUCAUUUCUCCCGAGCCUUUCCUCGAGCCCCAGGCUGCCAGUGCUGGGGGCUACAAACCCCAGAGCUCCUGGCAUUUGGACUCCCCUGGGGAAGCUGGGGAAAACGGUGGCCUGGCACCCUCUCUUGGAUCCCCCACCUCAAUUGCUUCCACUCAGUUUCUCCUCCCUGAUGGAGAGGAACACGCAGAGGAGAAGCGACCGCUGUCAUCGUCGGCAGCAACCUGGUUCACCAAUCUGCUGUCAUCCACAAAACCGUGAUGUCAUCUCUGUCUUGCUACUCGCAGCCAGGCCGGGGGGGGGGUAACAUCAAACUUUCUGAUUCAUUACUGUUACCAGUGUCAUGCGUCAAACAAGCCUAGCCCAUAUGGUCAAUGUAAAUAUCCCCUUUGAUGUAGCACUACAGUCUUGCACUUUGAGAGCAGGUUAAUAAUGCUGUUUAAGGUGUUUCUUCCAAACAUACAGAAAUAGAUAUAUAGUUAAUUUUCUCUGCCAUACAUACCAUAAAUCUGUAUAUUUAUGGAUCAAAACAAUUUUAUUCUGGCAAGAAAUCUCUCAAAUGAUUUCCUCGUGCCUCUCUUCAACCAUAUUUAUUGCGCCCCCCCGGCAACCUGGUGGCUGCUACGUCCCCUCACUGCCUUGUCUGUGACUUCCUAUGAUGGGCAUUUAGCAACGUCAUAUCAUGUGUUUCAGUUGAGUAUAUCCAGUGUUCGGCUUGCAUUUCAGAUGUUUUUAUUUUUCGUGUUGUGAACUUUACUACACUACAGAAGAAAACUGAAAGCAAGAAAGAUGCAAAAGCAAACGAUGGCACAAUAAAAGCAAAGGACAUUUUUGGAAGAACACUACAAAUGAACAGUUUCAAUAGAAGGUAGCUAAGUAGACAGAACACCUCUGUUUACAACAUCUAUGUUUUCUGCUGGUCCGCCAUUGGGAUUAUCUUGCCUGUUUUAUGACAGCUGAUGAGCUACUGAAAGGAAAAGAGGCAUUUGGUUGUAAAUAGAAAUGAUUUUAAAGGUAUGUAAAGAUGGCACUCUUCUGGAUCAGAACCAAGGUAGCUCCUAUCCUUACAGAUUUGAUCUAUUUUUCAGAAUUUACGGUCAGACCAGUGAGAUGUUGAUUGAAAAAUGCACUUAUGAACGAGAACAGUCAUUAUUUUACACAGAUACAGGAGUGGUGCUGUCUGUUAUGGUCUGGAAUUGUGUGGGUGACGAGCCCCAUGGAUAUAUACACAGAUAUAAGCUAGAACAUGAAUACAAACUGAUGUAAUUUAAUUAACAAAAACACUAUAAUGUAUGUUACUUUCUCGUGUUUUUUGUUGUUUUGUCUUCCUUAACCAAGUUUAUAAUGUAUUCGUUUUUUCCCCUUGUCAAGAAAUGAUUUCACAGUAAGGCCAGUGUCCAUUUUGUAAUGUUGCUGUGUGUUAUCUUCAAUUUAAUUAUUGGGAUUGAACAAAUGAUGGGAAUUAGCUUUGAUGGUUUACCGCAGUGUUAAAAUUGCGUUGAUAAAUGAAAUGCUACCAGUCAUUUGCACCAUAUCACAUUUCAUAUACCGCCUUGCUCCUAAGUGUUAGGUAUAUUAAAUAAGAAAAUGUUACAGUAGUGCAGUACAGAACAAAUCAGAAAUGUAAUGCACUUACAGAUUCCACUGGCACGGAGCGUAACGUACGAAGGAUGUCUGCUUCAAAUGAUUUUGGAAGCAUAUAUUAUAAUUGACAUGAUGUUAUUCUCAGCCCUUUUUAGUAUUUGUUUUUUUUUUGUUGCUUUAUCUUCAAGCCCAGAGAGGUGGUCAAUAAUGCAUUUGAUUUUGAUUUGCUGUGCUUGAAAGCUUGUUUAUUUUUAGAAAUACUUUUAUUUUUUCUUUUGUAAUGUGAGUAUUUAUCUUUUCAUUUGUUUUUUCCUGGAGCGUCCUUGUACAUUUUGUGACUGGAAAAAGGGACCACGGGGAAAACAUGUAUUUGGAAAUUAUAUAGAAUUUCCAGAAAUGCUAUCAUUUAGCUCUUUCUGACAAAAAUGUGUGGAAACGACCUUGUGAAUAUCGGUCGCUCGACAGCACUUUGGCAUCUCCAUUGUGGUGUCAAACACAGGCCACUAAUUGCCCAAGUAGACUCCACAUACUCCAUUUGCUCUCCACUCGUGUACAGUGUGGGUGUUAAGGAUGCACCAUUGGCCAGGCUUCGUAAAAGCAUCAUUAUGCAAAGAUUAUUUUUUGAUAUUCUCAUCCAGUGGGAACCAGGAUGUUUAUUUUAUCAUAUUUUUCAGAGCCAGGCCCCUCGCUCGCCUGUGUGGCAGCCUGCGGUCUGUUAUUUCUCAGUGCCUCCAGCCAACAAGCUUUAUGUAAAACUACUGUGAAAUGAGCGAUGAGUUCGACUAAAUAUAAUGGAUGGCUUCACUGAUGAACUGAUGACAGGCAGGCAGACCUCUUUGACUACUGAGAAAAAUGUAUCACGUCUUUCUCUUUGUCUUGUGACACUGAUGUGAAUUUUAUCUUGAUUAAUGGGAAAAAUGGUUGGAAGAAUUGGUCAAAUCAAAUUGGGGUAAAGAGUGAACCAACCAGCUACAUCGUAAGAUCAGUGAUCAUUUUAAGGCCGUGGGAAAGGGUGGAUAUAGUUUUGAGUAUUUAAACAUGGCUGCAGAUUGUUUUCCUUUGAAGCCUGCUUCCUCAAACAAGCACGGCUUUGGAGACUAACCUAUGAACGCUAUGUGUUACAUGCUUUCAUGUUGAUCUGGAUCAACAAAAUGGCACCUUUUUAUUUUCUUCUGAAUCCUUGUUUUAUAUGACUAACUGUAUAUAACUGUAAUUUUCUUUAAUUUGUUUCUUUCUUAUGAUAUAAAAUUAUACUCCCAAUUAUACUACAACAGGCAGAGUUGAAGUUGACUAACCAUCUAUCUAAAGAGAAUAAAGGCAAAUGUUUGUGCUGACGCCAGAUAUAUAAAGUCAUAUGAAAUAUAAAGAUAUCACACUUUGACUGUAUAUUUGUUGUGCGCUCAGACACAUGAAAGUGUGUCUGAAAAGUCAUGUAAACUGAAUUAGACUUGUGAUCUUAUUUAGCUUGCACUGCGUUCCUAUCUUAUCACUGCAGUGUUACUUUGCCAGAAUCAUUGUAAGUAGGACAAGAGUGCUCACCAUGCAGACUUGUACAUGGCAUCUGCUGACAUCAAAUUUUCCAUUCAGUCCAUUACCUUUUUUUUCUCAACUGUCCAUCCAUCCAGCCUGUGUUUCCUCUAAGAACAUUUUGUGCUUUACACAGCAGGGCACACUCGCUGCCUUACACAUCCUCAUCUCUGGCCUUAGAUGUUUUUGCAAAAUCAAUGCAUGUUGUUUAAACUAUUACUACAAAACAGUGGCUUGUAAAUCUUUUAAACGUCAUGUUUAUGUUUCUCUAUGGCUUUAAAACGCUAACACUGACUAAUGUGCACGACAACAUGACAGAAGUAUUGUGCACCUUUCUGAAAAUGCUUUAAAAUUCAUGAUACUGCAGACUAUUUUACUAUUGACUGAAUGAAAAGAGACAGCGCUUCUGAGUGAAUAAAUAAAUGUUAACACUAAUAACACAUUGAAAUGCUUCUUGUUUAAAGGCAAUAAAGUUAUUUGUCUGGCCACUUAA